AUGGCUAUCCUACCCAAGCCGCCUACCUUUGACGAUCCCUACGAAGAGCGAGCCUUUCGCAAGUUCAGGCUCGCGCAGACGUACAGGAUCUUCGGAAAGCUUGGCUAUGACGAAGGCUUUGCGGGACACAUAACCGUUCGCGAUCCGGUCUUGCCGGGCCAUUUUUGGGUCAAUCCGCUCGGAUUACACUUCAAGCUCAUUCAGCCCAAGGAUCUUCUCCUCGUGAAUUCAGCAGGACAGGUAAUCGAGCAUGGCGAGAGGCAAGCGCUCAACACGGCCGCUUUCAUGAUACACUCAGCUAUCCAUCGCGCUCGCCCAGAUAUCACAUGUGCCGCUCAUAGUCAUUCUAUCUAUGGCAAGGCUUUCUCUGCGACCGGUCGGAUGUUGGAGCCGAUCUCACAGGAGAGUUGCGCCUUUUACGAGGAUCAUGCGGUGUACAGUGCAUACAGAGGCGUCGUGCUCGGCCACGAAGAGGGCCAGGCCAUCGCCAAGGAGCUGGGAAGCGCCAAGGCCAUCAUCUUGCGCAAUCACGGCAUCAUCGCCACCGGGAACACGAUAGAAGGCGCGCUGUACUUCUACCUGUGCCUCGAGAAGGCGUGCCGCAUCCAGCUGCUGGUAGAUGCGGCGAGCACGAGGGGGCCGCCUGUGCUCAUUGACCCUGAAGAAGCUAAAGCGACUAGUGCGAAGGUUGGAAACCCCUUCGCUGGGUGGCUCAAUGGCCUUAUCGAGUACGAGCUCCUGGAGGCCGAAGAGGGUAUAUCGUGGAAGGGAAAGGAAUGA